UACCCAUUCAAAAUAGUAUUAGAAAAAUAUAAGCUCCUAUUGUUGAUGUAACACAUAUGGAAAAGAAUCACCAAACUUCUGUAGUCUGUGAGACUGAUGAGAGAAAAUACAAAAAAGCAUUGCAAAGGGAGGAGACAUGAUGAUAUAUAUUCAGACCCACAAAAAAGAAUUUUUAUUCAAAUCAAGAAAGCAUCCUUCUUGAACUGCAAAGUUACCAAAACAGCCACCCACGCUACAGUAAUUAAAGAAAUAUCCCAUUUGAGCUUCCUCUUAAUCAGACCAUGUGGUUUCUUUAGUAAUACCCAGAUUUUUUAAAUCUUAAAGAAAAAUUUGUUUGGCCCUCAUCAUCAUUCCACUCUGUUUAACUCGCUUUUCUUAAAGCGGUUCCCUUGAUGCUUGACAUCGAAGCUCCCUUCAAUAAUCUGCGAAAGCUCAUAAAUUAGUGAGAGAAAGAGACUGGGCGUCUUAUAUUUCUCAGGUUUUCUUUGGUGAGUUUCAAUUUUAUUGUUGUUAUCGUAUGGUUUCAGGGAAUUUCUUGAAGAUGGGGGGCUGAAAAAUUCAGUCUUAAGCUUCCAUUGUGGUCUCGUGGAGCCUUAUUUUCAAGGAAUCUUGUUUUUUUUUUUUUUUUUUUUUUUUUUUUUUUUGUGUGUGAGCUUUUUUGACAUUAUAAGUAAAGUGCAGUUUGAGAAUUUGGUGGUUGUUUCAUUCUUCAAAAUAGGGGAUUAAAGAUUACAGUUUGCUGUAGUUUUUGUAGUUGUUUGAAGAGAGUUGUUUGAUUUUUGUUUCUGCAAUUAGAAAAUUCUGUUGGCCCUUUUGCUUAUUUCUUGGCCAUUGUUAUUGGCAAUGGAGAUAUUAUUGUGAGAGGCAAUAAAGUUUGGAUUUUCGAUUUAGGGCUUUUUCUUGUUGUUCAUUGUUUGCUGGAUAUAGUAAAAGAGAUCCGUUAGCUUGGUGGUGAAGCGUUUCUUUCACUGUAAAUUCGAUGUUUAAUACUGAUUUUGCUCAAUAAUUGGUGGUUGAAUCUUGUUGAGUAUGGCUGAAAUUAGGCUUCCUAGGUUAGAGCAGGGCCAAGCCAAAAUCAAGAGUGUUCCAAUUGCUGUAACCCCAGAGGGAUUUUGGUGUUGCCCUUCACCCACUGUGUUUCAAAAGACAGUAAGGACUCAAAAUCCAUUAAACAAGCCCAAACCAUCUCACCCCAACCAAACAGCUCCUUCUCAGAAGAGGCAAACCUCGGUGAAUGAGAAGAAGGCGAGUUGUGUGGCGUCUGGGGCCAAUGUUAUUAGUGAUGUGCAAAGGACUCAGGGUUCUGAUACACCUGCGCCAAAUGCCUCACUGACAAACGAGAAGGCGCCUCGUUCUAGGCCUGAAAAUGCACCAAGGAAAGUGACAAUCGAGUUUGGUGAGCCUGGAACGAGUGAUCUCAAGGUGAUUUUGUUUGGGAAGCAGGGAGUAGCCGUGAAGUUGAGUGUUCACAGGAGUGUACUUGUGGAACAUAGCAGUUUCUUUGCCAGCAAAGUAUCGGGGCAGCAGCUCGUUUUCCCUUGUCUUGAGAUUGACAACUGUGAGGAUGCUGAGAUAUAUGUGGAAACUAUUGGGCUCAUGUACUGCAGAGACCUCAAGCAACGGUUAAUCAAGCAGAGUGUUUCACGUGUUUUACGUAUUCUCAAGGUCAGCGAACAGAUUGGUUACACGACUUGCAUCCAAUAUUGUUUAGAGUACUUGGAAGCCGUCCCUUGGGUGGGACAAGAGGAGGAAGAGAAAGUGGUUUCUUUAGUCUCCCGUCUUGAAGGUGAGGGCAUCGGGGUGAAGCCAGUACUGAAACGAGUGUCUCCCGAAAUCCCAACACCACCUAACGACACCCUUUCUCACAUAUUGGAGUUGGUGCUAAAAAGCAGAGAAGAAAAGGGUAGGCGAGAAAUGAAGUCCGUUGUGCUGAAGCUCCUCAAGGAAAACAACAGUCUCGCUGGCUCCUCCUCAGGACCGUCCGACUUGUGCAAUGAGACUCUCUACAGCUCGUGCAGAAGCUCCCUAGAUUGCUUACUCGCUCUAUUCAAACAAGCUGCAGAACCUGAUUUCCCCGACAGGGCUGUGGAUAGGCGGGAGCCAGUGGUGAGGUCGAUCUCUCUAGAGGCCGACAACAUGUUGUGGUUGCUCGAUAUCUUAGCUGACAGACAAGCAGCGGACGGGUUUGCCAUAACGUGGGUGAAUGAGCAAGAACUGGCUUCGCUUCACACGAGACUUCCAAUAGUGUGUCGCCACCACGUUAGCAUGAUCAGUGCAAGGCUCUUUGUUGGGAUAGGGAGAGGGGAGCUCCUUCCAUCCAAGGAUACACGCCAUUUGCUGCUGAAAACGUGGUUGCAGCCGUUGAUCAACGACUACAGCUGGUUGCAACACGGAUGCAGGUCGUUCGACAGGAAACUUGUGGAGGAAGGAGUAGGCAGGACGAUCCUCACGCUCCCGUUGGAGGAUCAGCAGAGCAUCUUGCUUUCUUGGUUGGGAAGUUUCCUCAAGGGUGGCGAUAGCUGCCCGAAUCUUCAACGAGCGUUCGAGGUGUGGUGGAGGCGGACGUUCAUCAGACCUUACGGAAAUAUCGGGCAGCCGGAUAAUCGGGCUCCGGACGAGGAGCAAUAGAGAAUUUACAUACAAGUUGUUGUAUUGAUGGUGAGGUUAAUGAAGUUGAUUGAGGUCUAACAAGAAGGCUGUAUUGCUGGGUUUCCAUCAAUGUAAUUAUUGUAAGCUUCAUUGCUUUCAAGGUGAAGUCAUAAGAUUAAGAAAUAUGAACUUUUUACGCUGGCUUUUGCCUCAUAGUUUAUUAAGCAGUGUUUUUUUUAAUUGUAGAAUCACGUGCUGUAAUUCGUCGUAUGAAUGAAGUCCAAUGCUGCAGAUAUUAAUGUUGACGAAA